AUGGGCUCAUCCUCACAUGGGCAACUUCUACCUGCGGGCCCCACCUCCCUGGCCUGGGCUCCUCAUCCCUGGGGGUCCAUUCUUCCCUGGGCUCUACUCAUGGGCUAUACUCCAUGGGCUCUCCUCCUGGGCCCCUCUUCCCGGGGGCACCUCUUCCCCUGGGCUUCCUCAUACCCUGGCCCAUCCCUGGGGCCCCUCUUCACGGGGCGACCUCCUCCCGGCUUCCUUUCACGGGCCCUCCUACCUGGGACCAAUUCCUGGGCCCCUCUUCAAUUGGGAUCUUCCUCACUGGGCUUUCCUCUCCCUGGGCCCAUUUACUGGGCCCCUCACUCCAUGGGACUCCUCUUCCUGGGCGCCUACUUCCCUGGGCUCUCAUCCCUGGGCUCCUCCUCCUGGGCCACUCUUACAUGGGCACAUUUACAUGGAUCCUCCUCCCUGGGAACAUCAUCCCUGGCCUCUCUUCCUAGGGCCCCUCCUCCCUGGGCUCCUCUCCAUGGCCCCGUCUCCCUGGGCUCCUUCUUCCCUGGGUACUCCUCCAUGGGGCUCCUAUUCCCUGGGGGCCCCUCCUCCCUGGGCUCACUCCUCCCUGGGGGGGGUGGGCACCUCUUCCAACCCAAAAAACCGCUGGGAUCCGCAUCCAUGGGCCCCGCCUCCCUGGGCUCCCUCGCCUGGGCUCAUCCUCCCUGGGCCCCUCUUCCCUGGGCUCGCCUCCCUGCGACCCUUUACCUGGGCUCCUCCUCCCUGGGCCCCUCUUCCAUGGGCCCCUCUUCACGGGCCAUCUCCCUGGGCCAAUACUCCCUGGGCCCUCCUCCUGGUGGCCCCUCCUCCCUUGGGCAUCCUCUUCUGGGCUCAGCCUCCCUGGGCCCCUCCAUCCUGGGUCCUAUUACCUGGCCUCCUCCUCAAUGGGCCCCUCUUCCUGGGCCCCUCCCUCCUCCCUGGCCCAUCGUCCCCUGGGUCCUCCUACCUGGGGCCCCUCUCCAGUGGGCUCCUCUUCCCUGGGACCAUAAUCACUGGGGGGGCCCCUCCCUGGGAUCAUAUUCCGGGCCAUUAUCACUGGGACAUCUUUUCCUGGGACCAUCCUUCCCUGGCUCUCUUCCCUGGGCCCCAUCUUCACUGGGCCCCUCUUCACGGGCCACUCUUCCCAUGGGCUCAUCUUCCUGGGCACCUCUUACCUGGGCAUCCGCUUCCCUCGGGCCCUCUUCCCUGGGGAUCCAUUCCUGGGCCCUCUUCCCUGGGCUCAUUCACUCACUGGGCUCAGCUUCAUGA